AUGUUCCCGCGGACUGCCCUCUUCCAGUAUGCACAUUUGGAUGCAGAAAUUUAUGGGGUGCACGACCAACUUGGAGAGCUGUUAAAGGAGCGUAGGGUUAACGAACGGCAGGUCAAUGUCGGCCACAACAUAUCUAUCCAUCGUUUUCCAGUCGACGUUAUGGCCAUCAUAUUCCAUUUUUACGACUUGCUCAAUGAACGCAAGCCGAUGACGUCGCCUCUUGUACUCGGAGGCGUAUGCGAAAGAUGGAGAGAUAUUACGCUGCAGACGCCCCUAUUAUGGGAUAGAGUUGUUGUUCUCCCGCCGAGAGACUCUACAGAGCUUGGUUUGGUUAAACUGUGGCUUGAUCGCUCGGAAACAGUACCUCUUUCCUUAACGGUUCAGCAUAAACACCCGAGUCCCACCCCUUGUCCCCCUUUUGAAGAUCUUAUCACGCUUCUCAGGCUACACUCUUCUCGUUGGACAACUCUUAAGCUCAUCGCCCCUGCCUCGGUAAUACAUGCCUUACUUCACAAUCUUGAGAAUGUCCCAGAUGUUAUUCGCCUACGAAUGGAUAUUCCGAGCAAUGACAGAAUGGAAAGCAUCUCUAUGCGAAAGCUAUUACGGCCAAGGACAUUUCAUGCCAAAAAGACGUCUAUCCAGCAAACCUUUUUGGCAUGGGAUAACCUCACGCGCUUGGACGUGGCCGCGAUAAAGAUGGACGAACUGGUCCAUAUAAUUCGCUGCGGAAAACAUUUGACAGAAUGUACGGCCAUGUAUAUUGCCAAACACGGACGGUCUUUUCCACUGCCCUCUGCGCCAUUUGUUCACAAAUCUUUGAAGUACGUCAAAACGACCUCCUCCUCUAACCUUUCAGACUUUUUGCGGUAUCUUACUCUCCCGUCCCUGCGAAAGCUCCACUACGACUUUCUCUGGGAAAACGCAUGGACGUCUGUUCCUGCGCUUAAUGCAUUCCUUGAUCGUUCCUCGGCUUCUCCCGAGACCUUCAGCUUUACCUUCAGCCUAGAACCUCAACAUCAUCAACAAGUUGAUUGGGUAACCUUGAGGGACCUUCCUAGGAUCACACAUAUGGUACUCGAUAUCGAACACAACACUCGAUUUGAUAUGACGACGGCCCUUUUUUCUAGACUCAGUGAUACUGCAGACGUUUAUCUCCCUCAUCUUCGUGCGCUUAAAAUCACUACGCCAACGAUGUCACAAGAAUCCUGGCGCCACUUUCAUAAAUUCCUCGGAGGGAUACACAACAAACACGACGACCCCAAUCAUCCACGAAGUAACAUUCACAAUCCUUUCCCUAUUGUCUCCGCUACAUCCUCCCUUCCCAACACCAUUACUCGAAAAGCUCAGAGACCAUUGGAAUCGGUAAUAAUUCACCUAAAAGACCGUUUUACCAGCGAUAUGGCGAGAAUGAUGGAUCCCUAUCUUCCGUAUUUUCUUGACGUCGAAAAAUUUGGGGUGAGCCUCAAAUUGGUCGAUUCUAUGGACUUUGAUAUGCUUCACAGGCCACCGAAGGUCACUGCGAAAGGCUGA